AUGACAUUACCUGAUGGUUUGAAUAUUGAAAAUCAGCAUAAAGUCUGCAAAUUAAACAAGUCCCUAUAUGGCCUAAAACAAGCUCCACGAAUGUGGAAUGAGAAACUUGUUCAAGUGUUAGUCAAAAUUGGUUUUGUCCAAUCCAAAUGUGAUCACUCAAUGUUCAUUAAAUCUGAAAACUCUACCUUCAUUGUCCUUUUGGUCUAUGUCGAUGACAUUGUGUUAACCGGGAACAAUGAAGAUGAGAUAAAGAGGAUCAAGAAUCUCUUAAAAACUGAAUUGUUAAUUAAAGAUCUUGGGUUGCUAAAGUUCUUUCUUGGUAUUGAAGUGAUUAAUGUUAAAGAAGGUAUUUGUCUAUCCCAACGAAAGUACUGUAUGGACUUAUUAAAUGAAUAUGGCAUGAGUGGAAGCAAACCUUCCAGUUGUCCCAUAGAACAAAAUCAUGUCUUAACAAACCUGACUAUGAAAGAGACACAAGCUGUCGACAUUACGCAAUACCAAAAACUGAUCGGGAAACUCAUUUACCUAUCACAUACUAGACCUGAUAUUGCAUAUUCUGUUCAUUAUUUGUUUCAGUUCAUGCAUAAACCCACUGAAGCUCACACACAAAUUGCUUUCAAAGUGUUAAGGUACCUUAAAGGUGCCCCAGGCACUGGAAUCCUGUUUAAGAAGAGCAAUAUGUUUCAAUUAACUGCCUUUGCAGAUUCGGAUUGGGCUAAAUGUGUGGACAGUCGUAGGUCUGUCACUGGUUUUUGUAUAUUCCUUGGUGGAUCCUUAGUCUCAUGGAAAAGCAAAAAACAAAGUGUUGUCUCUCGGUCCUCUGCCGAGGCCGAAUACAGGUCCAUGUGCAGUGCAACGUGUGAAGUGUUGUGGCUGCUGAAUAUAUUAAGGGAACUUCAUGUGAAUGUCAAUAUUCCUGUUGUAUUGAAUUGUGAUAACACUGCAGCACUAUCUAUUGCUGCCAAUCCCGUCUUUCACGAUAGAACCAAGCAUUUCGAAGUUGAUUUGUUCUUUUUACGAGAGAAAAUUGCUUCAGGGCUGAUCAAAACUCAUGGGAUCAAGACCGAGCAUCAGCUAGCUGAUAUAUUUACCAAAGGCCUCCUUCCUAAAGCUCACUAUGAGAUGUGUAAGUCUCUAGGUCUUUCUAAUGUCUUUGCACAUUUAAACUGA